GAGAGAGAGAGAGAGAGAGAGAGAGAGAGAGAGAGAGACAUGGCCAACCUUAGUGUGCAGAUGGUCAUAUGCUUUACUUUUGCUUGCUUCUUGCUCCUUGCACCAAGAAAUGAAGCCAUUGAAUGCCAGGAUGUGGUUAAGUACUUGGUGCCAUGCAUGUCCUAUCUGAGGGGCACAGGGGGUCCUGUGCCUGGUGCAUGUUGCAGUGGUGUGAGAGGGCUCAAUGAGGCAGCUAGCACCACCCCUGAUAGAAGAACUGCCUGUGUGUGUAUCAAGAAGUACUCCGGCGAGAUCACCGGGCUCAACCCUAAUCUAGUGGGCUCGCUGCCGGAGUCCUGUGGAGUGCACCUUCCUUUUGUUCCUUCUCCAAACACAGACUGCUCCAGGGUGCCUUAAAAGAGAAGUUGGCAGGGAUGAAGGCGGCACUAAUAUCGCAGUGAUCUCCCUCUCUUAUAUAUAAAUAUAUAUAUAUAUAUAUAUAUAUAUAUGACAGCAGGAAUAAAAGGGAGAUUUCAUGUCGUCCCCUGGGACACUAGCUU